CUCGCCUGUGUAUUCACAAUGAAUGGCUGCCAGUAGCGAGAGAUCGACGGACAGACAGAAAAGAGUCGGACUCCCCCAAACACUUUCCGGUAUACUGUAAGCGAGGAGACCCUGUAGUUCUGGGCAUUGCGAUAUGGCUCAGAUGCUGCAGAUGGCGAUUCCCAACUUUGGCAACAAUAUUUUGGAGUGUCUUAAUGAGCAGCGGCUUCAGGGUCUGUACUGUGAUGUGUCAGUGGUGGUGAAGGGGCACACAUUUAAAGCCCACCGGGCAGUGUUGGCUGCCAGCAGCUCCUACUUUCGAGAUUUGUUCAACUCUGGAAGCAAGAGUUCUGUCGUGGAGUUGCCACCAGCGGUCCAACCGCAGAGCUUCCAGCAGAUCCUUUCCUUCUGUUACACCGGCCGACUUAGCAUGAACUUGGGAGAUCAGUUUCUCUUAAUGUACACAGCGGGAUUCCUGCAGAUCCAGCAGAUUAUGGAAAAAGGCACCGAGUUCUUCCUAAAGGUAAGCUCCCCAAGUUGUGACUCACAGGGUCUUCACACAGAAGAAACCCAGCCCUCAGAACCCCAGAGCCCCGUUACUCAAACUGGGAGUGUGGUCGCCACGGCGGCAGCUCGACCCGCCUCCUGCCUCACACCCCUUCCGCUGGUGUCAAGGGUGAAAGCUGAGCAGCAACCUCAGGUCCAGCAGUCCCAACAAGAUGCAUCGUCAUAUUCGGUGGUGUGCACUCCAGUCGCAAAGCGUCUCUGGGAAGGGGGGAGCCGUGAAGGAGGUGGAGGUUCAGGAGGAGGGGGAGGAAUGAGAAAAGCGGCCCGCUAUUCACAGGAGGCGGCACGGGGAGUGGGAGGGGCACCUCCUCAAAGUGCAACCUUAAUGGCUGUAAGCGGGACUACUAACAGCAACAAUAACAACAACAACAACAACAGCACGCCGGAGGGCGCCAGCUCAGGCACACCCAGUGUCUACACCAGCGACUCGCCAAUCUCUUACCGUGACGAUGAUGAAGAGGAGGAGAUUAUAGAUGAAACGGCAGAAGAGCAGUACAGACAAAUCUGUAACAUGUAUACCAUGUACAGCAUGCUGAAUGUAGGGGUGACAGCCAGCGAACGAGUGGAAUCCCUACCAGACCACCUCACAGUUGAAUCUAGAGGAAGGGGAGUUCGAGUGCGGCAAGAACUGGCCUCUCUUCCCACUGAGCUCAUUGCACAAAUUGGAAACCGCUGUCAUCCUAAACUCUAUGAAGAAGGUGACCCUGCUGAGAAACUGGAGCUAGUAACAGGCACCAGUGUCUUCAUUUCACGCGCUCAGCUGAUGAACUGUCACGUCAGUGCGGGCACACGCCAUAAAGUACUACUCAGGCGUCUCCUCGCUGCCUUUUUUGACCGAAGCACUCUUGCAAACAGCUGCGGGACAGGCAUUCGGUCCUCCACAAAUGACCCCAACCGUAAACCACUGGACAGUCGAGUUCUUCACGCUGUUAAGUUUUACUGCCAGAACUUUGCUCCUAGUUUCAAAGAAAGCGAAAUGAACGCGAUCGCUGCGGACAUGUGCACUAACGCACGACGCGUGGUACGUAAGAGCUGGAUCCCCAAAUUGAAGCUCCUGAUGGCAGAAAGUGAUGCUUAUGCCAGCUUCCUUCCGGACGCUGCCAAAAUGGAGUCUGACGGCUUGGGGGUGGAGCCUUCCUUUGAAACAGGAUCUCUGGAGGGUGGUACGGCCUCUGAAUCUGGCCAAUCGUCUACGGAUGCCCUGUAAGGGGUGAGCGGGGACAGUAGCAGUUUUGUUUUAGUGAGUAACGCUACCUUGGUGACACCACCAGCUAUUCUUUACCUUCAACUACCUUCCACUCCUCCAAUUUAUCCCACGUUUCAUGGCGUCACCUUGGCCGUGGGUGGAAAUGAUAAAGUGUAUGUUUCUGAAGACUGUUGUUGAAUCCCGCUUCCAAAGUUGUAGUGUUCCAAGUGGCCCGUCCUUUCCAUCCUGCUUGGAAAUACCAAAACGGGGGGGGGCCUCUUGGGAGCAUUGGGGUGGGCAGAAUGGGAAAUGGGGCUGAGGACACUGUCCUGACUCUGAAUGUAUGUUUUUGGAGAAUCCAGAAAGUUACUAUCGCUAGACAUAAGAUUGUAUUCAUCUGUUAAUAUUUGCUCAUCUGCUCUCGGGACCCCCAUUUCUUCUUCUUACCCAAACUCCCCAAGACCCGGAGAAAGACUCACAUCGCUCAUUUAUUUUCUGUUACCUUUUAAAUGUGUUUAUUUGAUUUGGUUUGUAAUUGCUUGUGUUUUCUUGCCAAGUAUGCCACUUUUUUGACUUGCCAAGUGUCCCAAGAGAGGAAGUUGGUUACCAAUGAUUGUUAUGAAUUUGUAAGUGGCCAAAGAACAUGUUCGAUUUGAAACUACUGUUGGGUUUUGACACCUACUGAAUCCUCACC